ACUAAAUUACGAGCGGAGUGAGCAUACCUACCUUGUGAUGUUCUCCAAGUGCCAAACGGGACCACGAAGAAUAUGACAACGAAGCUGAACCGACGCCCACCGGAGUACGACUAAAUUGGACGAAUCUAUUCCCGGUUGACGCAAAUCCAGCCAACAACCGCACGGACUCCGAUCCCCACUGCUAGAUUGCGGAUGAGGCUUGUGAUGUAGGGGAAUUCCUUCUCGCAGCCAAGGCGGCGCCUCUUCCUCCUCCUCCCCUCCCAGAGAAAAAGUUUGUCUUUUUUUCUUCCAAAGAUAAAUUGAAUCUCACGCCAAUUGCAGUUGCAGGCAUGAUUCUUCAGUUUCUUCUGUCUGCCCUCUUCCUCAUCGCCGGAAGUUUAGCUGAAGAAUCCCCAGAUGUCACGCUCACAGUCAGAGGAUCUGCUUUGGCAGCUGAGAUCGACGACAGUUUUGUGUGCGCGACUCUCGAUUGGUGGCCUCCUGAGAAAUGCAACUACAAUCAGUGCCCAUGGGGACAAGCCUCAGUUCUCAAUCUGAACUUGACUCACCCACUCCUAGCUAAAGCCAUCCAAGCUUUCGAUCCUUUGCGGAUACGCAUCGGAGGAUCACUGCAAGACCAAGUGAUGUACGGAGUUCCCAGUUUGGAGUCUUCAUGUCUUCCUUUUUCCAAGACGAGCGGCGGCUUGUUUGGCUUUUCUCAAGGGUGUUUGACCCUGGCGAGGUGGGAUGAGCUAAAUCUUCUAUUUGAGAAGGGAGGUGCAAUCGUCACAUUUGGUUUGAACGCACUGAAUGGGAGGCAGCGUCUCAGCAGUGGAAUGUGGGUAGGCGACUGGAACUCCACAAAUUCUCGUGAUUUCAUCGAGUACACGAUUUCAAAAGGAUAUCAGGUCGAUUCAUGGGAAUUCGGUAAUGAAUUGAGUGGUCGAGGUGUUGGAGCAAGGGUCAGUGCUCAACAAUAUGCACAAGAUGUGAUUGCACUUAAAGCCCUCCUGGAGGAAUUGUAUCGAGAUUCGUAUACACGGCCGAUCCUUGUUGCUCCUGGAGGAUUCUUCGAUCAGCAAUGGUAUGCUCAGCUUCUUCAGGAUUCAGGUUCAGGAGUCAUCGAUGCCUUGACACACCAUAUAUACAAUCUAGGUGGAGGUGACGACUCCCGUAUCGAAAGUAGAAUACUAAACCCUGGAUACUUGAGUCAGAUAACUAGUACAUUCCAAAACCUCCAACAGACAAUAGAAAGUCAUGGACCAUGGUCGACUGCUUGGGUUGGUGAAGCAGGGGGUGCAUACAACAGUGGAAGUCGUCGUGUAUCGAACAAAUUUCUCAAUAGCUUUUGGUACUUGGAUCAACUUGGUAUGGCAUCAAAGUACAACACCAAGGUUUAUUGUAGGCAAACCUUAAUCGGCGGAAACUACGGCCUUCUUGACACAAACACUUUCAUCCCGAAUCCUGAUUACUACAGUGCAUUGCUGUGGCACCGGCUGAUGGGGAAGGGAGUUCUAUCCAUCAAUAUGAGUAGCUCAUCGUAUUUGCGAGCCUAUGCCCAUUGCGCGAAAGGAAAGGCAGGCAUAACUCUGCUCCUGAUCAACCUUAGCACAUUCACCAAGUUCAGUGUGAGCAUCCAAAAUGAUCUCAACCUCAUUCUUGCCGAGGGAGGAGGCGUUCAGUUGGACAGUGCCUUCAUCCAGAGCCUGAAGGAAGCAGUCUCCUGGAUCGGGAGGAAAGCAUCAGAUGAAUCAGUGGAGAGAGAGGAGUACCAUUUAACUGGGAAAGGCGGAAACCGUUUGAGCCAAACCAUGCUGUUGAAUGGCAAUCCGCUGGAGCUUCUUGAAGGAGAGAUUCCUGAGUUGGAUCCUGUGUAUGUCCCAGCCAACUCCCCUGUGGAGAUUGAUCCCUUGUCUAUAGCAUUUGUGGUCUUUCCCAACUUCGAAGCUCAAGCUUGUAGUUGAUGAGUUUGGCCAAUUUUUUUUUUAAUUUGAGAUUUCAAAGAUUUGGUUGUGGAUCAAAGGAGUUGUUAUGUAAGUUGUUGACAUGGAUAAUAUAAAAGUGCAAUGUUAUAAAAAAACAGAUAGUU